GUUUGAGUCCAGUCGCCCUGAAAGUCAGUGUCUCUGCCUCGGAUUAAUAAAGAAAAAUGUCCAGCAGCCACAGACUCCUGGUGCAAAAUGCCCGACAGCUGGUUCUGAUCUGCAGCGGUGGAGAGAAAUACCUGACGGAACCUGGGAUGAAGAAUCUGUGUGUGAUAGAAAACGGCAGCGUGGUCGUUGGGAGUGACGGACUGAUCGAAGCUGUGGGACCUGCAGAAACCAUCAGAGCUCAGUAUUCAGAGGCGACGUUUGAUAAAGUCAUCGAUGCUUCAGGAAUGUGCGUCAUGCCUGGUCUGGUGGACGCUCACACUCAUCCAGUCUGGGCUGGCGACAGAGUCCAUGAGUUUGCGAUGAAGCUGGCAGGUGCCACCUACAUGGACGUGCACCGGGCCGGCGGAGGGAUCCACUUCACCGUGGAGCACACCCGGGCCGCCGCGCCCUCUGACCUCCUGGCCUCCCUCAGCGGCCGGCUGGCUCGGAUGCAGCGAGCGGGCACCACCCUGGUGGAGUGUAAGAGCGGCUACGGCCUGGAGCUGCAGACCGAGCUCAAGAUGCUGGAGGUGAUCGACGAGGCCAGACGCACGCUGCCCAUCAACAUCUCCUCGACCUACUGUGGAGCUCACGCUGUGCCCAAAGGGAAGACGGUCGCUGAGGCCACAGACGACAUCCUGCAGGUCCAGCUGCCUCGGCUGAGGGAGCGCAUGUCUGCUGGGAAGCUCCGAGUGGACAACAUCGACGUGUUCUGUGAGCAGGGAGUGUUUGACCUCGGCUCCACUCGCGCCAUCCUGCAGGCGGGAAAAGACCUGGGCCUCAACAUCAACUUCCACGGGGAUGAGCUUCAUCCCAUGAACUCUGCUCAGUUGGGAGCAGAGCUUGGAGCCUUGGCCAUCAGUCACCUGGAGGAGGUCACGGACGAAGGGAUCAACGCCAUGGCUGAAGCAAAAACCGCUGCAGUCCUUCUACCGACCACAGCUUACAUUCUGCGGUUGCCGCAGCCUCGGGCCAGAGACAUGUUGGACGCUGGAGUGAUCGUCGCCCUCGGCAGCGACUUCAACCCCAACGCCUACUGCUGCUCCAUGCCCAUAGUCAUGCACCUGGCCUGCGUCAACAUGAGGAUGUCCAUGCCUGAAGCUCUGGCUGCCGCCACCAUCAACGCAGCCUACGCCCUCGGACGCUCCAACACACACGGAUCCCUGGAGGUCAACAAGCACGGAGACCUGCUGGUCCUCAACACCUCGCGCUGGGAGCAUCUGAUCUAUCAGCUGGGAGGACACCAGGAGCUCGUCCGCUACGUCGUCAUCAAGGGAAACGUUGUCUACGAUAAUGAGAAGACCACAGACUUGUAAUCACACGAGUGGAAUGAGUGACGGUACUUUUAAUUACAGUGUCCGGGCUUCAGUGUUUCUCAGAAGUGUGUCAUUAAACACACACACACACACAACACAAAAAUACCUAAAGGGUAUAAUUGAAUCCUCCUUUCCUCUGAAAUGCUCGGUUGUUAAACACCUUCAGAAACUCAGAUGUUAUUUAUAUUUAUCAGAAGAGAAAUUUACACAGUCAGUAUCUGUUAAACUUAAGUAACUGGUUGUAACAUUUUAAUGAGCUGUUACUCAGAAAGUAUUUGUUUGUUAAAAUCAGUUGUCAUCACAUCGACUGAGGCCAGUGAAUCAGUGAUGUUAUCUCGUGUUGUUUCAGAUUAAAGUCGUGUUACGUGUGAAACUGAAA